GUCAUCAACCCCCAGUAUCUUGUAUUCCAAACACAGGCAAGAUGUCGAAAGCUAAAAAAGUUAUUGAAGAAGCCAAAGAAAUAAAUAAUCCGGAAAUCGAUUUAGUCGACAAAGGAAUAUCUAGUCUCGAAGAGAUUCCAGGCUUAUGUGAGUGUCAAAUAAAACCUGUUUUGUAUCUUUUUUUUUUAACUAAAUAUUUUUAGUUCGUUUCAAUUUUUACAUCUAUGUUUCAAUAAAAAAGCUUAGAUCGAAACCUAAGCUUAAUGUAUACUUUCGAAUUUUAAUUUAUUCUACAGUUAGCUAAUUUUAAAAACUAAUAAAUAACUGAAGUAUUCUUACAAUAAGUGUAUUCGCCUACAUAACCGUUGCAACUCAUCUAUAAUAAAUAUUUUGAAGACAACAAACAUGAAAUAUUAAUUUAAACCUCAUUUGGAUACCUAUAAUUCAAAAUGAAACUCCUACGCCUUAAGACGGAACAGGAUCAAACUUACGCUUAAAAUAAGCCAUGAAAUAUUGAAAAAUGUUUGCAAGUUCCACACUACAUUAGAACCAUCAGUCUACUCAGUUAUGGGUUUCAAGAAACUAUGUGAUUGAAUGUACUGAUGAAGAAAUAGAAAUAAAAGAAUAACAUUGCAGUGCUUUAUCUGAAGGAAACAAACAUCUUAGUGUCUUAUGUGCUUAUUAACCAUUUAAUAUUAGAAGAUUUGUGCAUAGGGCCCACCUAAAGGCAAUUAGUCACUGUUGUGCAUGUGCUCAGUAAUUAUAGGGCAACAGCCAUACUGGUCCAUACUAUUGAGCACUCCACAAACCUCAUUUGAAGUAGAACAGGAAGGAAGGGAAAAAUGGUGGAGGAUAAUUUAUUCUAAAGCUGGAUACAAAAUAGCAGGAAAUAUGUCUGUUUCUCUGGAGAACAUCACUCGUCUGUCCCUAAGCCACAACAAAAUCUCUGUAGUGCCUGCUGCACUAGCCAACUUGAGCAACUUAGAAAUUCUAAACUUGGCCAAUAACAACAUUCAAGAGCUUCCAGUCAGCUUAUCAUCACUACCCAAGUUAAGGAUCCUCAAUGUUUCAUUAAACAAACUGUAUAACUUGCCAAGAGGCUUUGGUUCCUUCCCUGUGCUAGAGAUAUUGGAUCUAACAUACAAUAAUUUGAAUGAAAAAGUAUUACCUGGGAACUUCUUUAUUAUGGACAGUCUCCGUGCUUUGUAUUUGGGUGACAAUGAUUUUGAAUUUCUACCACCUGAAAUUGGAAAUUUGAAGAAUCUACAAAUUUUGUCGAUGCGCGAGAACGACCUGAUCGAAGUUCCCCGGGAGCUGGGGCAGCUGGCGCGCCUCCGCGAGCUGCACCUGCAGGGGAACCGCCUCGUCGUGCUGCCGCCGGAGAUCGGAACAUUGGACCUCGCCAGCAACAAGUCAGUGCUGAGGCUGGAAGGUAACUUCUGGGUUCCGCCCAUCGAAGACCAGCUCAAGCUGGGGCCGUCCCACGUGCUGGACUAUCUGCGCUCAGAGACCUACAAAGUCCUGUACAGCCGCCACAUGUCGGCCAAGCCGCCGCCGCCGCCGCAGACCGUCGACAAGAGCAAGAAGGCGAGUCGCGCCGCCUAACCCCCGCCCCCAACCCCCCGCCCCCGCCGCGGGACUACUAACGCUUCCUAACAAGAUGCGACGAGUACGUGCACAAUGCUUCUGCAUGCAAAUUCUAUCUUUAUUUUCUAAUGAAGGGUAAUCCCUUGCACGCAACUAAGCCGCUGCCUACCGCUGACUACUGGUGGUAGGACGUCUUGUGAGUCCGCACGAGUAGAUACCACUACUCUAUUUAUUUCUGCCGUGAAGCAGUAAUGCGUUUCGGUUUGUAGGGUGUGGCAGCCAUUCUAACUAUACUUAAGACCUUAGAACUCAUAUCUCAAGGUAGGUGGCGGCAUUUACGUUGUAGAUGUCUAUAGGCCUCGGUAACCACUAUACAUCAGGUGGGUCGUGAGCUCGGGUGAACGAGCCUGAACGAGGUGAACCUAAGCAAUAAAACAUUAUAAAAGGGUACUUACUCCCCGCAGGAUUCGUGUGAUAGUGGUUUGAAAACUGAACUCUUCCCGAUAAUAUAGAAUUAUUAAAUAAAUUACAUAUUAUAUAGAUUUCCAAAAUAAAAAAAACCUUUUAAUUAAAUCAUUUUAUUCACAAACAAAUGUAACUCGUACAAAAAUAACUAGGAACUAGUAUUCAACAUUCAAAAUUCAUCAGAAAUGGACAGAGUGAACUUUGUUAAAAUCAAAAUUCACAGCGAAAUAAUGAAGAUUAAUAAGUCUCAUAGUCUGACACACGGGGAGCCCGGCCCGGACCGACACACCUGUACCUGCCUUUAUUCACUGAACCGCUGAGAACAAGUGGCUAAAUACUUCAGAAUUGGUGCUACGACACACCUGUAAUGUGCAAUGCUAAUUUAUUAACUAAUCAAAAUAAAAUUAGACUGUUCUAUUUGUAUACUAUGAAUAGCAUGUCGUUUAUAUAGUUUAAACUUUCAUAGUGUAACGCUUGAGUGAAAUCAAUACUACUAAUAUUAACAAAAAAUUUGACAAUUCCAGUUCUGUGCAUUAAUACAAAAAAAUACUCAUAUAUUAUAUUAAAAUAUAUCACUGACAAAUUAGUUAUUUAUUUUAAUAAAGUUAAAUUACUAAACAA